AUGGAAUUUCAAUCGAUAUUCGUAGUUUUGAUUCUGAUUCUAGCAAGUUUUGGAACUGGGAAAAGAUUGACACCGAAGGAGAACUUGAAAAGGAUUGAGAACUGUGGAAAGUUCAAGUUGAGAAACGAAGUACGCCCAUCAAAUAGUUCCACUCCGAUGACAGUUGCCCCCGAUCUUUGGCCAAUUUGGAUAUCUUUAGCGUCCGGUUAUUCCAAAAACAGUAAAAACUAUACGGGAACCUCUCUGACGACAAUGAUUUCUUCCCGUCAUUUUUUAGCUUCAUCUCAAGUUGUUCUCAAUGACAACUACACGUGGACAUUGAAUACUGGUUACAGAAUAGAUGCUAAGAAAGUUUGUGCACAGAAAAAUAGCCACUUCCAACUCUAUAAUAAUAUCGUGAAAAAAAUCAAAUUUGGCCACCGAUGCUUCAAAGAUGGCUCACCUGGUUGCAGUAAAAGCAACAUAAAACCGGUCGAUGCCUGGCUUCUGAACUUUUGUGAUAUGGAUCAGAACUUGUUCAAACACACACAAAUUCCGAUGGUUGUGGAGUUGGUCACUUUCUCUGAUAAAUAUCUCGUUAUUGCGGAUCAUUUAGAGGAAGGAGAACGAGGCGGGCCUAUUAUACAAAAUGUCGAUGGACGGUGGAUCCUUCAUGGUCUUGAAGCGACAGCGGGACUACGGAAAAAAGAUACACUCGCUCAUUGGCUCUCAGCUUUCCAACAAGGGCUUUGUGAUACUGUCGGGAUUUGUGCGCCAAAGUUUUUAACAACUACAACAACAACAAAAAAGCCAACUACAACGACUACAACAACAACAACGACAACCACAACGACACCAGCACCUACAGUACCCAAAACGACUACCACUACCACGAAGGCAACUACACCGACCACAACUACGAAGCCUACACCGCCUCCAGUACCCCCAACGACUACAACGACUACAAAAGCCACAACUACUACAACGACUACAACAACUACAACAACACAAAAACCAACCACGAUUACAACAACCACGAAGGCUACGAUAACAACACUGGUCACAACUCUACCGCCUACAGUACCCUCGACGACUACUACAAAGGCUACAACAUUGACUACAAAGGGCACAACUACAAGAAAGUCACCUCCGAAACCCAGGCCGUCUUCAAAACCGCACACUACAGGAAACGCGAAGGUCACCAUCCCAUACAUUUGGACACCGCCAGAAGACUAUCACGUUCCUUCUUCCGAUCAUGAACAAUCUGCAGAAUACGAGUAUGAAGAAUUCCAGCGGCUUCAGGAAAUGAGACUUGCCCAGUUGCCUGAUGAAGACGUGGAUGAUGAUAUUUAUGUUAUUGUUGUUGUUAUUGUUUUGGUUGAAUAA